AUGCAACGGGGGCUGUUCCAUAUGGACGCCAGACCGUCUGGGGCCCUAGGGGACUCGAGGCUUGGCUCACGAGGAAGUCUAUGGUCUCAGGCAUCAGCUGAAAGCCAUGAAGCCACAGACCAGCUGCCGUUGCAGCGACAUAACAGCGGCAACAGCUGCAGCAGCAACAGCAACUGGGUCGUUUCUGCGGAUGCUCCUCCGAGCCGCAGCGGAUCGCUGCUGCUGCAGGUUGACCAGGUUCUUGAAACUUUACCCAAAGGAAUGGAAGAAGAAUUUUUGCUGCCGCAAAGAUGCCUUGGGGACAAAGCCUGCCCGGCGAUUGCGAAGCAUCUUUUCAGGUCGGACAGCGCCAGUCCCCCCGCGGUACAGGUGCUGUGCGACAGUAUAGCUGGGCUGAAGGCGUUGGCGUUGCUGUCUCUCGUACACUGCCAGUUGGGGCCUCGGGCUGCUGAUGCCCUCAGUGGUAUCAUACUACAGAACAGCAAAAGUUUACGAGAAAUACACCUCAGAAACAACGCAAUUGGGGAGGAGGGCGCAGCCCAGCUCUGUACUGCACUGAAAACCAACAGAAACCUCACCGCCCUCGACCUGACGGGCAAUGGGGCGAGGCCCUCGACUCUCCGCGAGGUCUCUAGGUGCUGCGCUGACAACAGCAAGAUGCUGGAGCUGCUGCCGCCGCAACAGGAGGAAGCACUUGGGCUGCAGCACAGCAGCAGCCUGCAGCAGCGGCAGCAGCAGCACCAGCAGCAACACCAAAAGCAGCAGCAGCAAGUCGAUGACUAUGUAACUCGAAUUGAAGCUGAGCUGAAGAGCACAGAGCAGGGGAGCCUGGAGGAGAGGUACAGAGAGCUGUGUGAAUCCCGCAUCAUGGCACAGCAGCAGAAGCUGCAGCUGCAGCAGCAGCAGCAGCAGCAACAGCAGCACCAGCAGCAGCAAGCCAUGCUGCAGAGGCAGCUCCACGACAAGCAGGACACCAACGAGAAGCUCCUCAGCGAUCUUCAGCAACGAGAGCUGCAGCUGCAGCAGACCGAGCUGCUGCUGCAGCAGCAGCAGCAAGACACCGCGCGGCUCCAAGCGGAACUCGAGCAGCAGCAAAAUGUGGCGGAGCGGCGGCAGCAAAUGCUGCAGCAGGAAGUUGACAGACUGCAGCAGCAGCAGCAGCAGCUGCAGAAGCAGCUGUUGGAGGAAAAAGACAAACACAUGCAGCAGCAGGACGGCACUCUACAGCAGCAUCAACAGCUGCAGCAGCAGCAGCAGCAACAGCAACAGCGUAUCCUUGAGCUGCAGCAAGAGCUGCAGCAAGAGGCACAGCGUCGCCUCCAGGGAGAGAAAGAGGCACUAGAAGAGAAGCAGAGCAUUACAGCCAACCUGACGAAAGCUGAACAAAAGGUGGAAGAGCUGAAGCAAAAGCUGCAAGAGAGAAAGGAGACCGAAGAGCUGCAGCAGCAGCAGCAGCAGCAGCUGGAGCAACGAGUUACCGAGCUGCAGCAAGAAGCAGCAGCAGCAAGAGCAGCAGCAGAAGAACUGCAAACAAAGAUGCGCCACCUAGCAGCAAGGGCUGCAGCAGCAGAAGCAGAGCAGCAGAGACAGCGCGAUAUCCUAAGCAGUCGUCAGAAGGCUCAGGCGGAGUGCCAACGCGCGCAGGAAGAAGGCCGGCUAGCAGCAGCACGGCUGCAGCGGCAGCAACGCGAGUGGCAGCACCAGCGAGAUGACCUCUGCGUCCGCCUCCGGGGAGGCAUAGAACAGCUGCAGGCCGUGCUGAGUGCUGCUAGGCACCAGGAAGCAGAGAUGCAGACCCUGUAG